CCGGAACUUCCUUGGAGCGACACCAGUGUACAGCAGCAGUCUGGCUAGAUUUGCUGCUAGCCACUGUGGAUCAGCUGAUAUUUCAGGGGCUGUUCGUAUAGAUGACCGCUUCACCUGCUCGUCAAUUCCUUUCUCUGAAGAUGCACCGCUGAAGAAUGCGAUAGAUAUUACGUCUGCAGUGAGUUUGGAGACUCUUGUCAUCCCAGUGGUCAUGGAGAAGCCAUGGAGGUUAUGGGGGGCAUUGGAGGCGUGUUUGCUGACCAUGUGCGCCUGGUCCUGGGCAGUCUGCCGUGUGUCCCUGCUGGCCCUCAUUCUGACCUUCCACUUGUAUGGAGGCUUCAUUUUGCUGGGUCUCAUCCUGGCCUCUGUGGCCGGCAUCCUGUACAAGUUCCAGGACAUUCUGCUCUACUUUCCCGACCAGCCCUCAUCCUCGCGUCUUUACGUUCCAAUGCCAACGGGAAUCCCCCAUGAGAACGUGUACAUCCGCACCAAAGACGGUGUGCGGCUGAACCUCAUCCUGCUCCGUUACACCGGCGAAAACCCCAUCUCUGCUCCCACCAUUUUAUAUUUCCACGGCAAUGCAGGGAACAUUGGCCACCGUGUCUCGAACGCGCUGCUGAUGCUGGUCAAUCUGAAGGCCAACGUGGUGCUGGUGGACUACAGAGGCUAUGGAAAGAGCGAAGGAGAACCUAGUGAAGAGGGACUGUACCAGGACGCCGAGGCCACCUUGGAUUACGUCAUGACCCGGCCGGACAUCGACAAGACCAAGGUGGUACUAUUCGGCCGCUCAUUGGGUGGCGCGGUGGCCAUCCGUCUGGCAUCAUGCAACCCACAUCGAGUGGCUGCCAUCAUGGUGGAGAACACUUUCCUGAGUAUCCCACACAUGGCGGCCACACUGUUUUCUUUCUUCCCCAUGCGUUACCUACCGCUCUGGUGCUACAAGAACAAGUUUCUCUCCUAUAGACACGUUGCACUGUGCCAUAUGCCAUCUCUCUUCAUUUCGGGCUUAUCAGACCAACUCAUCCCUCCGGUGAUGAUGAAACAGCUGUACGAACUGUCGCCGUCUCGGACUAAACGCCUCGGCAUCUUUCCCGAGGGUACGCACAAUGACACCUGGCAGUGCCAGGGUUAUUUUGCCGCCCUAGAGCAGUUUUUGAAGGAGCUUCUUAAAAGCCAUGCCCGAGAAGAGACGGCCCAGGGGACGACCAACGUUACCAUAAUUUAGAACAUUAACUACUAUUGACUGCUUUAAAUCUGGAGCCUCUCAGAUAGAAUGUACAAUUUAUUCUCUCUUGUUAUUAUUAUUUCUCUUUUCCCAAACUUCAGAAGCUCUUUCUUUCCAUUGCUCACACACCAAUAAUUCAUUAGUUAGAUUUUGAUUUAUUUAAUAGAGAAGGCUGAAUUUUUUAAGACUUCAGAAUAUUUUAUAUUAAGUAUGAAUGCAUCUGUCUCAAGAAUUUAAUGCCCUCUCAGUCCUUUUCUUUAUUUGCUGACAAUGUUUGCCCUCAAAAGUAUACUUAAAUCCCUACCACCUGCAAAUGCAAUUGGAAAUAGUUAUUUGCCUAAUCACACUGGUCAGAACUACUUUCUGAGCUUAAACAGUUCAGUUUAGGUAUCGGUUUUUAGAGGUUUUGGUUUAAAAUUCACGAGUAACAUCAUAAUGUCUGUGAUUAACAUUACUUCAGACUGUCACAUUUGUUCUACCACUAUAUUUCAUACAUAAAGUUGGUAACAGCAAGCUUGAAGUUGCUAAUAAAAUAUGACAUUCUCACAUUUGAAAUUUUGUUUUACUCAUGAAUGACAAACUACUCAAAAAACUCCUAAGAUUACUGAAAUAAACAAUUCUAACAAACUAAAUAAGCUGAGAAGCUAUAUUCUUAUUUAUUUUGUUUAUAUUUAAUAUAUAUUCACACUUUUUUUAUUAAAUGGAACAGAGGGCUCAUUAAAAUAUUUUUUGCCUUUUAAAUUCUAGUGAAUACAGGGGCAACUGAUCCUAGUUCACUCAUCUUUGUCUAUGGCAUUUCAUGCAUUCAAUCUUCUGUACCCGGCUGUAAUGUGUUGGAGCUUUAUCUUAUCACACUGCCUUCUUUUUUUACAGAAGGUUUAAAAUCCACUCAGGAAAUCGGCUCAUUGUGGUUUGGUCCCAUGUUUUGAAUUUGCAUAUGGAGCUGUGUGUGAGAAGUAUAGAUUUCUAUACUGAUUUUCAUGUGGGCCAGAGUUUACUGUGAGCACUGUAUGAAAAUACCAACACAACAAGCCUAAAGUAUGUUUACUCUAUCUCAGGCUUAGUGAUCUUCUGAAAGUUAGAGUGAAAUCGCACAUAGCAGCUGCUUGACAGUGUUCCAAGCACAGUCCAUUUGCACAACUUGUAAAUAAGGUCUUUCCUUUCUUUUAAUAAAGUCAAGUGCAUAACAUCAGAUCUUUACCAAUGACCCGUUUUGUUUGGAUCAUGUUGAAAAACCUGCCCAUUGGUGACUGUUGCACUGUGUCUCAUCAUUUUCUUGUAUUUUCCUUUAAAAAGCAGAAACAUUCACAACAAUGUAAUGAUUUAUUAACACAAAAA